UAGUUAUGUUGUUAGUGGUGUUUCCUAUGUAAAAAAUCGUCCUUCGCACGGUCUAAUAGUCUCUAAUUGCGCCGAAUACUCGCUACAAUAGUAGUAGGUAGAGAAUUAGUUUGUGUUAUACUUACCUGUGUAUAAAUAGUAUCUGUAUCAAAAGUGCCAAUUUCAUAGAAUCCCUGAUAACUUAUCAGGCUGAUAAGCGGGACGUUACCUGUAAAUACGCUUCUAGAUACAGUACGUUAUCGAACGUUGUGUGUUCAAGUACUUUUACAGAGGUAUUUUUUUUUUACCUAAGCAACCAGUAAAAUGACGCACAGAAACAGAGACGUCGGAAUGAACUGCAUUAAAUAUAUGCUAUUGUGUAUAACAGCUAUUUUCGUGCUAACGUCCGCGCUGAUUAUAUCUGUGGGCACGACGAUAUACGCCAUCUACCACGAUGUCUCCUUCUUCCUGGAUGACCACUUCUUCUCGCCGGCCAUGUUCGUCAUCGUCAUUGGCAUCAUUAUGCUGUUCGUAUCGCUGUUUGGCUGCAUCGGUGCAUUGAAGGAGAGCACCUGCUUAGUCAACAUUUUCGCAGUAAUUCUCAGCAUCGUACUGAUUCUGGAGCUGGCAGCAGCGAUCGCUGCGUACAGCCUCCGUGCGCAGAUCAGCGAGAUGCUUCACGACAAACUAACCCUCACGAUGCCGUUCUAUUACAACAACAUUGAAGUUCAGGACUCAUUCGACUUCAUCCAGAGCAGGAUGAACUGUUGCGGUGUGAACAGUUACCUCGACUGGGGCGAGGUGGAACCUCCAACAGGCGUGUCUGGUAUCAGCAUCGACAACAUAACCGUCCCCAAUUCCUGCUGCGCCGCAUCUCGCAUCGAGGUCAUUGGAGAUAUGGAGGUUGAUGAGUGCACAAAAUUAUAUGCAAACGGAUGCCUGCCCAGAGUCUUCUACUUGGUGUACCAAAGUGCCGGUCUCUUGGGAGCUGGAGCUAUGACUAUUGCUUUUAUCCAGAUCAUUGGCAUCGUGUUCUCCUUCUCGUUGGCCAGAUCUAUCCGAAGAGCGAAAUCUGAACGUCAACGCAGACUCUGGGAGAUUCAGGAACGGGUACUAAAUAAUGAACAGUCCUCGAAGUUGGGUCACGAAAAAAUUGUUCCUGUGGUCUACAUCCCAUUCCAUGGACAAACAACUGCAUAAAAUAGAAUAUAUUAAAUAUAUAUUUCAUACUAAUUUAUGGAAUGAUGUUAGAAAUUGAUACUGUCAAUAAGACAAUGUUACCUACUUAAAUAUAAAAAUAAAUAGUAAAUGAAUUUAAAAAUAAUAAAUACAACAUGAUAAAAAACUAAAAACAAGAACAAAAUGUAUACGAUGGAUUUUUAUAUAUGAAAGAAAAUGCAAUGAUUUUUAUAUAGAUAUAAUAAUAAUUUUAAUGCAAACAAAGUCUUGAUUCAAGAUGCAAUCAGUAUUAAUUUUCUAGCGAUGUAUUGUACAUUUGUUGAAGGUAACCAUAAAUUCUGUUAGCUCUAAAAUUUUUUUUAAUAACUUGAUGAUUUCAAUCUAAAAGCAAUAAACACAAGCUACUUGAUAAUAAUUUAGGUGAAAAUAGCUACGUUAAUUCUAUCGAGUUAUUCGGCAAUAAUGUUUGAAUAUUUGGGUUUGUAAGUACUAUUCUUAAUUUUUGAAAAAAACUAAAUAAGUAGGUAAUUUUAAGGGAAAAUAUCGUUUAACAGUGCAACAAAUUUUUGUAUGUUUUAAAAUUUUAAUAUCUUUUACUAAAAAUAAAGAAACAUAUUGUAAAUAUUGGUACAAUAAAGUGUUAUUUAAAAAUAAUAA